AUGGAAGGCAAGCGAAUCCUUCUUCGGAAACUUCAAACCACGUUAGGCGCCCGUCGUCGCGAUGAAAGAUUGAUCAACCCUCCCGAUCCUUCAACUAUUGCCCAAAUGGUAGACUUCGGAUCAAACGAUACGCUUUCUCUAUCGACCUCAGGUGCAUUGACUAGAUCCUUUCUAGAUCAACUCCAUCAAAAUGAAAAUUUCAUCCUCGGCAGUACCUCAACUCGCAUAUUCGAAGGCACCACACAAUAUCUGAAAGAUCUUGAAACCUAUCUCGCACAGUUCCACAACGCCGAGUCAGCUUUGUUCUUCAACUCUGGAUUUGACGCAAAUAUUGCACUUUGGUCAACUAUCCCACAGCCUGGGGACUUCGUCUUGUAUGACCAGUAUGUCCAUGCAAGCAUACAUGACGGAAUGAGAAAUGGACGGGCUAAGACCGUCGAGUUUGCGCAUAACGACUGCACUUCUUUCCGGCAUUGUUUGCAAGGUCUUCGUGACCAGAAUCCCGGCAUUGCGGGUGGCAGUAACUUGGUUUUCGUUGCCUUGGAGUCAUUCUAUAGUAUGGAUGGAGAUGAAGUUCCAAUUCAUGAACUCCUUGAUAUUGCCAAGACCAUCCUCCCUAAGAGAAAUUAUAUAUUUUCAGUGGACGAGGCACAUUCAAAUGGUCUUCUUGGACCGAAUGGCUCUGGCUUUGUUUGCCACCAUGGCCUCGAGAAGGAGAUAGGCCUCCGUGUGCAUACUUUCGGCAAAGCUUUAGGAUCAACUGGAGGUAUAGUUCCCACUUCUUCUGUCCCUGAUUUGGAUCUAACAGCUUUAGCCGUGGUACUCGCUGAACCGACAAUCAAACUCACUCUCAUCAAUUAUGCACGGAAUAUCAUCUUUUCCACAGCUCCCAGCUUCGUGACUUUAGCUGCUACCAAAGCCGCCUACGGAAUCUUAGCUAGUGAAGAUGGGGAAAAUCGUCGUCGAAUCCUCCAAGAAAACAUCCGACACUUUCAAAAAACCUUCCUUGGUCAUCCUCAGUGGGCGUCUAUCAAAAAGAAAGGAAUUAUUCAUAUCCCGAAUGAGGAUAACUGGAACUCUGCGCUAAAUCAAUCGCCUAUCAUCCCCUUAGUUACGCUACCCAAUGAAUCAACUGACCUGGCUAAACAUAUGCAUCAGUCCAAGUUCUGGGCUAACCCGGUCAAAUACCCUAUUGUCCCGAAAGGCCUGGAUCGAGUGCGCAUUUCGAUACACGUGGACAAUACCAAAAAGCAGAUUGAAGAUGUGAUUGAUGUCAUCAUGGAAUGGGGAACCUGUCGGGCUAGAUUGGAAGUCUCACGGCUGUAA